CUACCACCUGACGUCACGCGCUCGGCGCUUACGCCGGAAGUUGCCGACAUCCCGCUCGAUUAUUGACAUAAACUGGAGCGUCUCGGUGUUGGAAUGUGCCGCGUCUUCACUGAGAUUUGAAGGAGAUACCAUUCAAGAGCUGUACUCGCCAGUGGCAUCGAUGUCGGUAGAAGGGUCGCAGCACGGGGGAGACCGGCGCCGUAGCAAGUGGGACCAGCCAGGCCCUCCUAUGAAUUCCGUGCAGCAGCCUCUCAUGAUCACAUCAGGUGCGCCACCAGUAACGCCAUCAACCGGCCUUUUCACUGCCCAGGUGGCUCCAACUCAUGGCCUCGGAGUGUCUGCUUCUGGAAGCACUGACAGUUCAAGCACACCUUCUGGUGCACUGGAUGCAGCUGCAGCAGUUGCUGCCAAGAUAAAUGCCAUGCUGGUUGCUAAAGGCAAACUGAAACCCUCUCAGAUCGGAAGCACGGAAAAGGUGCAAGGGCCUGGAAAAGCCCAGACAGCAGCCAAGGCCAAAGAUGACCUGGUAGUCGCCGAGGUUGAAAUCAAUGAUGUUCCUUUGACCUGCAGAAACCUGCUGACAAGAGGCCAGACACAAGAUGAGAUCAGUCGAAUCAGUGGAGCUGCAGUUUCUACAAGGGGCCGGUUUAUGACUGCUGAUGAGAAAUGGAAAGCAGGCCUUGGGGACCGGCCACUUUAUUUACAUGUGCAAGGCCAGUCACGAGAUGUGGUGGACAGAGCUGUAAAUAGAAUAAAAGAGAUCAUUACCAAUGGAGUUGUGAAGGCUGCUACCAGUUCCAGCCCAACAUUCAAUGGCGCUACUGUUACAGUGUACCAGCAGCCUGCCCAAGCUGCUCAGCCACUUCCUGCUGCCGGAGCCAAUAUCACAGUCUACCACCAGCCAGCAUCGGCCGUACAGUCAUUACCUGUAGCUCCCCAGAAGCCUCAGUUUCAAACUGGAAUGCAUUAUGUUCAAGAUAAAGUGUUUGUGGGUUUAGAACAUGCAAUUCCAUCUUUCAAUGUGAAAGAGAAGGUGGAGGGGCCCAACUGUUCUUUUCUACAGCACAUCCAGAGUGAAACGGGAGCUAAAGUGUUUCUUCGGGGCAAAGGCUCUGGCUGCAUUGAGCCAGCAUCAGGGAGGGAAGCGUUUGAGCCAAUGUAUAUAUACAUCAGUCAUCCUAAACCAGAGGGCUUGGCAGCAGCAAAGAAGCUCUGCGAGAAUUUAUUACAAACGGUUCACGCAGAGUAUUCCUGUUUUUUGGGGCAGAUGAGUGCAAUAAUUCCCACACCAGGUUAUAGUCAGCCGCCUGCACUUAAUGGGGUCGUACAGCAGAUGUCUUACUACCCGCCCAGUGGCUUCCAGCCUGGUUAUUCUGUAGCAACACCUUCCCAGCAGCCUGUUCUUCCCUCCUUUGGAAUGCCAAGUGCAAUGCCUUCCCAGGUACCCUCUGUUCCUGCAGGAAUCCUGCCACCCAGCACACAGUACUCCCUUACACAGCCCACUGAGUCGGUGCAUCAGCAACCCCUGUCAGCUGGAAGUUUCCCCAACAUGGUGCCUGCCCCUGGAAAGUCUGUCCAGCCAGCUGGUCAUCCGCCUCAGAAGAGGCGCUUCACUGAGGAGGUGCCAGAUGAGAGGGGCACAGGACUCCUGGGUUACCAGCAUGGACCCAUUCAUAUGACUAAUUUAGGUACAGGCUUCUCCAUGGACAGCUCCAGUGAGUCGGGACCACCUCAGGGUAGUGGCACCAGCCUGCUGACAGAGCGCGACAGCAGACAGUUGAUGCCACCACCACCAGUACCGGUCAAUGGCUCCAGAACAGAGAUGGAGGAAAGGAGAGUUUCAAUCCCUGCCUUGGAUCAUCCUGUCAAGAGAAUGAAGACCUCCUUGAAAGGAGCCGGGCUCGUGGCAUACUCCGGGGACUCUUCCGAUGAAGAGGACGAUUACUGCAACAGUAAAAGCGCAAGUAGUUUUGGACAGGCAGUGAAUUCUGGGUUCCGCUGCUCUUUCCCGGUCACAGCGGACUAAACAGCAACACAUUCCAUUCUGGAUGGCACCUUAGCGGACCUUUGUGCCCUCGUCAUGACUGUCCACGUGCUCUCAACCCUGCAUGCUCUGGCACUUCUUUCAUGGACCAUAAAGGGACGCCACCCAGACCUGGAGACGCCCAGACCAGCACCACCCUGGCACAUGAAGCCUUGAGGCAUUGGUGGGGUUGGCUGCUUUUUUUUCCCCUUUUCUUUAAUUUGACCUUUUAUUAUUAUUAUUUUUUUUUUUUUUUUUUCCCCAUUGCAGUUGACUUUUCUUAGAAAUUUGUUGAUCUUUUAUUUUGUGAACUUGCAGCACAAUAAACUUCUGAAGGAGUGCA